AUGACCUGUAAUUCAAGAUUUGAUCAGACUAAAAAAGUAAACAGCUCAAAUGAAACUAAUAAAAUAAGCCAAGACAGUACAAUUGAUCAAGACCAACAAAAUCAUAAUAUAAUCAGCUAUGAUAUAAUUAACCAUCGUAUAGUCGACCAUGAUAUAGUCGAUAAUGAUAUAGUCGAUCAUGACAUAAUUAACUAUGACUAUGACCAUAAUACAAAUGACUAUGAUAUUAAUGAUGACCAUAAUACAAAUGACUAUGAUAUUAAUGAUGACCAUAAUACUAGCAACUAUGAUAUUAAUAAUGACUAUAAUUUAAGCAACUAUGAUAUUAUUGACCAGGAUACAAUUGACCAUAACUAUAAUAAUGAAAUAGAAGUAACACAAUCAAAGACAAAUCAAAUGAUUAAAAACUUAGCUAUGCUUGAUACACCGCCUACUUAUCCUGCAUUUGGAAUGAUGCAUGUACUUAAACCCAAAAUUCAUAAUCAAAUUACAUCUAACGCUAAUAGUCAAAUUGCAUCUUAUAAUCAAAUCACAUCUAUACUACCAAAUAUGUUAUCAUCUAUAUUAUCAAAUCAACCACCAACUUUAUUAUCAGGUUUCAAUCCUUACUUAUAUCCUUAUAGUUCAUUUUAUUAUCAAAUACCUCAAUUUCAAGCUACUAGGAGUAAUAUUUCUUUAAAAGAAUUUUUUUCUAAAUUAGAUUAA